AUGACAAAGAACUGCUCAAAUUUUAUACAUGAGCGUGGAUAUAUUGACCAUCAUUUAACGGAAGUUGAACGCGACUUUCCAAUAGCGUUCAGUAUUAUCAUGUUCACAGACAUUGAACAAUCUGAGAGACUUCUGCGCGCCAUUUACAGACCACAGAACUAUUAUUGCAUACAUGUUGACUCCAAAACAAAUCAAACCAUAUACGAUGGCAUGUCUUCAAUUGCCAGUUGCUUUGAUAACGUAUUUGUGACGUCAAAACGAUUUGACGUACAGUGGGGUACAAUGACCACUCUUGAGCCAGAGUUGCUCUGCAUGAAAGAGCUUUGGAACAAAAGUACAUUGUGGAAAUAUUUCAUUAAUCUGACUGGACAGGAGUUUCCGUUGAGAACGAACUACGAACUUGUGCGCAUUUUAGAGGCUUACAAUGGAUCAAACGACGUGGAUGGAACUGUAAAGAGACACCAGGGUCGAUGGCAGAGAUUCGGUUCACCACCUCACAACAUCACGGCGGUAAAGGGGGCCGUUCACAUUGUGGUCAACAGGGGCUUUGUGGACUUCGUGUUGCACGAUCAAAGAGCCCAUGACCUUUUGAACUGGACAAGACCGACGCAUAUUCCCGAUGAAACAUACUUUGCCACGCUCAAUCAUAACCCUCAACUCGGUGUACCAGGUGCUUAUUUAGGGGUACCCGAGACGGACGAUGUGCUAAAGCCGUUCAUGGCGCGUUUCAAGGAUUGGGGCGAAAGAGAGUGCCAUGGCAAACGUUUGCGCGACAUAUGCAUCAUAGGUACAGGCGAUCUGCCGGAACUGGCUCAGAGCAAAAAGCUCUUCGUGAACAAAUUCCACCAGAACUUUCGUCCAUAUGCUUACGAUUGUCUUGAGGAACUCAUCGCAAACCGCACCCGAGACAUUUACCUAGGAGAUUACGCAUUUGAUUCUAGAUAUUACGGGACUUUGGGAUUUGUAAAGAACAAAAUCUAA